GACCGCCGCCGCGACUCGCUUCGCGCAUGCGCGGGGGUGGUUGUUUUUCACAAAGCUGUUCUUAAAGUGAGCUGGCGGCGUGCGGGCUAGCUGCCUUUGUACGGAUAUCGCAGUGUUGGGUGGCUGCCGUUGUCUUCUCAGUAAUUCCGAUGAAGCGUUCGUAGGGGACACGCUGAUCUUGUUGGCACGCUCUACGCAGCAGAGGCGUUGUUCAGUGUAAAGUGAAGGUCGCGUUUUUGUUUUCCUUGCAGUAUAUUUUUAUACACUUCGUUAAAAAUCAUGGUGCUGGGGAAGGUGAAGAUUUUGUCAAUAAGCUUUGACUGUCUCAGUAACAGCAAUAUCCCCGUGUAUUCUAGCGGGGACACAGUCUCAGGAAGGAUCAGUUUAGAAGUUACUGGGGAAAUUAGAGUGAAAGCUCUUAAAAUUCAUGCAAGAGGACAUGCAAAAGUACGUUGGAGCGAAUCUAGAAAUGCUGGAUCCAACACUGCCUAUACACAAAAUUACACCGAAGAAGUAGAGUAUUUUAACUAUAAGGACGUUCUAGUCGGGCAUGCAAGAGAUGAUGACAAUUCCGAAGAAGGCCUUCACACCAUUCAUUCAGGAAGGCAUGAAUAUGCAUUCAGCUUUGAGCUUCCACAGAUACCACUUGCUACCUCAUUCGAAGGCAGACACGGCAGUGUGCGGUAUUGGGUGAAAGCUGAAUUGCAUAGGCCUUGGCUUCUACCAGCAAAAUUAAAGAAGGAAUUUACAGUCUUUGAACAUAUAGAUAUCAACACUCCUUCGUUACUGGUAAGAACUGACAGAACUACUCAUUCCUUUUCUGGCAUAAAAAUAAUGAAGUAUAAUAACUGAAACAAUGUCAGCAUGUAACUUUACCCAUUAUUUAUUUGCUAGUUUAAGUACAGCUCUUAAGUAUUAUAUCAGUUUAACAACUUUUUAACUGCUGGUAUUUUGAAGGCUAAGUUAUCCUGUACUUGGAGUUGCUUGAUCUUUACAAGAUGUAAAAUGCAUUUGUCGGUCUAAACUGAUAUUACCAACUUGUAUGAAAUAAAUAAAUGGGGCAGGAGAUCUUUCUCCUUUUUAAUGCCUUUAUUAAAAAGAAUCAGCUCAGGUGGGGAGAAAUUGACGGGUCGCGCCCACGCCGCCGCUGCUCCCAGGAGUGGCACGGCGGAGGAAGAUGAUGCAGCUGUGUCCGCUGGUCUGCAGGCAGAGCAGGGGCUUCCGUCCUCACAGGAGAUUAGGAGAUUCCGCCUUUUCAGUCUAACAUUUCAGGUCCUCUCUCUAGUUAACGUCUUUUUAGGUUAGGGUGAGAAGUAAAAAGGAUCUUAGCAGAUACUGGAUUAAGUUCCUCAUCUUUAGACAUCACUUAGGUCUCUUAAUUCUAUGUUGGCUCAUUGUUUUUAGGGUUUUUUCCCUGGAAAAUUACAAAAUUGGUGAAAUGCAUUCUCAUCUGCAUACUAGUUCUGAUGUCACUCCCCUGGCCCUGCUACCUGUGGGGUCUGGUGUCACUCCCUGGCAAGCAUCAGGGGGACAAUGGCUAAUCACCAACCAUUAACAGGUAAUUGAAAAAGAACUCUCAACAACAGGUGGCUGCAAUGUGAAGCUAACUUCACAGCAACUGGUUUAACUUGUUUUAACUCUGCAACCUUAAAAAAAAUAGAUAACUUUUUACUCAUAACAGUCCCCCCUCUUUUUCUUUGAUCAGGCUUAAGCUUUCAUCAACUUGCAAUUUUUGGCUCAUUAUUAACAUAGAAUUUCUUAUAUCUUUUGUAUUGAUUAUAAAUUUCCUGAGCACUUUGGUGAUCAUAUUUACUCAACUUCAUUACUUUUUUUGGUUUUUUCAGGUUAAUUUCUUUAGAGAUCCUUAGGUUAUUCUGUACAGCAGAUGUCACUAUUUUAAUUAAGCAGGGAAAUAAGGACAAACUAACAAGUGUACACACAGUGAAGAAGGUUAUAGUUUUCUAACUUUUUUUGAAAGUCCAUAGAUUAUCCCACCAACUGGAAUCAAGUACAGGAGUUCUUUCUUGAUUUCUUACAUAUGCUAAUUUUCUUAUUUCAUUGAAGAUGUUUCUAAUGACUGCGACAAUUAAUUUGAUUUGAUAAAUUACUGUUUUGGUUUGGGCGAGUUGGUCAUUAAUAUGAUUAAGAGCUAAUGCGGUCUGAUUAGAUAUUAUCUCUAAUACUGCUUGUAGCUUCAUAAUUUUGUUUAAUAUAUAUCGCUUCUUCCGUUUGGUUUUUCUUAAAUCAUCGUAUAUAGGAACUCUUAAACUUGAUCCAGAUUCUUUGGAUAAUAUAAAGACAGCUUGUUUUAUAAUUGUAAUGAUGCAACUGCCAGACCAGUCUCUUGGCAAUUUAGUGGAUGUUGUGGUACCAUUGAUCCAAAACAGGUGUUUAGGGGUCUCCCAAAAUAUAUUAGUUUUUGUUGUGCCCUCCCAAUAUUUAGAAAUAUCUUUUCCUUUGACCAGAUUUACCAGGCUUACUUCAGUAGCAUCACGUUCAAAGCACCACCAGGCCUCUCCUACAGGGUACUCUCCCAGGACUCGUUGCCUAAAGGUGGCGGUGUUCUGGGCUAUCCAAUAUAUUUUCUCAUUCCCUUGAUAAAGGAUCAAUUGGGAGAGGUUAACACAAUUACAGUUUAAAUUGGUGUGGACUCUCAACAAGGAACUUACUUCUUGCUCCCAGAGGGGUUGGUAGCACUCACUGCAUGGCUCUCUUGGGCUCUCCAGAGCACCACCAGCAAUUAGAGCUAUUACUACUACCCUUCCCAAGAGUCCGGUAUGGGUCAUCUUGCACAGCCUGCCCACCCGGCCUUGCCUCUUGGGGAUUUUACUAAGAAGAAGUUUCCAAGCUCUUUAGAGUCUCUUGCUUCUCUGGUUAAACCUCUCUUGAUCUGUCCUUACUAAUUUGGUCUCUCUUAGGGGAGCACUCUGCAGAAGAUUAACCUGGAGUCUUUGCUACUAAGUUGGGAGGACUUAACCAGAAUUACUUAUUAACAAUUUUUAACUUUACAAAUUUCUUAAAACACUUUAAGACAUUUUAUGCUUUUCUUAUGCAGUUCAGUCUUUCUGACUCUUCUUUUUCAAUGUCAACUUUAAGUCAUUUGGUCCUUUUAUAAUAGUAUACUCAGCUGAAUUAACUCCUGGUGUGGUUGAAUCCUGUCUUGAGUUAGGGGGUGAGAGUGGUGUGGAAUCUGGUCCAAUACCAGAGUGGGACACUGACGAAUCCUGUCCAAUGCUCGGGGGUGGGACUGGUCCUUUAAUUCUCGUGAUGUGGGUCCAACCCUUUUCUCUGGUCCUCACAGCAGAAUUAGCGAUGACGAGUACCUGAAAGGGGCCUUCAAAUUUAGGCAUCAAUGGUCUACUAUUCCAGGAUUUUAUCAAAACCCAAUCUCCUGGGUUAAUGUCAUGUGCUGUUGUGUCAAGAGGGGAGGUUUGGGGAAGGUAUCCUUUUUUUCUAAGUCCUUCUAGGGUUCUUCUAAUGACUUCUAAAUAUUUUCUGGUAGCUUCUUCUCCUUCCAAAUAGUCUCCUGUGCUAUAGGGUGUUAACAAGAAUGGUAGUCCAAACAUCAUUUCAUAGGGUGAAAUCCCUAUAUCAGACCGGAGUCUUGUUCUGAUGCGCAAGAGCGCUAAGGGCAAACACUUUAGCCAAUCCAUUUUUGUUUCUUCGAUCAAUUUAGUCAAUACAUUUUUGAGAGUUUUGUUCAUCCGCUCCACCCUCUCAGAACUCUGGGGGUGCCACGGAGUAUGUAAUCUCCAUUUUAUUCUUAAAGCUUCAAUUAUGUUUUGCAAUGUUUGGGCCACAAAAUGUGGACCUCGGUCUGAGUCUAUGGUAUUCACCAUUCUUUUCUGGUUCACUUUUUGGCAAAUUAAACACUCUUUUGUAAUUGCUUUUGCUAGGUCAUAUACACUUAUGCACAGGUUAUUUCUUAGGAAAUAAUCACAUAGUCUUUGGACUCCCCAGUGGGUAAUUUAUGUAGUUCUGUUACCACUGUCCGAGCAAGUGCUUUGUUUAAAAACACUUGUCCGCCUGAUGUUAACCACUCUCCCUGUUGCCCUUGGUGUAACUUUAAAUCACUAAAUAUGGGUUUUUCUCUUUCCCCCUCCUCAGGUGUGGUUUUUGCUUUAAAAACUUUUACUGGAUCUCUUGGCUUCUAAAGUGCUUCCUUUGCUAUCUUGAUCAGCUAACAAAGGUCUCACAACUUUCGGUUGAACAGUUUGGGGGUCCAGUUUCUCCACAGUAAUAGCAGCACCUUUCGCUCAAAGGGGUUUGAGGCCUCUCCAUUCCUUCUGCACCUGACAGUAUUGGCCUAUCCUUGCUUGCUCCUGGUGGUGGACCCCCGCACUCUUUUGUUACCUUGGACUGUGGGAAAGAGUUGUUUGCCCCCACACUUUCUCUAGCUAUAGCGACCAUGAUCCUAGCUUUGGCCUUUGCUUUUUCUUCUUCUCUUCUUAAAUACACUUUCAAUGCGUCCCUCAAUAACUCAUUAAUGUCCUUCUUUGGCCAAUCUUCAAUCUUUUCUAGUUUUCUCCGUAUAUCAGGCUAAGAUUUAGUAACAAAUUGGACUUUUAGUAGCACUUCACCCUCUUUGGUGUUUGGGUCUAUUCUGGAAUACAACUGGAAGUUCUUCUUUAGGCGAUUAAGCCAAGUAGCAGGAGUUUCAUCCUUCUCUUGUGCACUCUCGGAUGCCAAUUUUGUAUUAGUUCCUUUGGGAAUUGAUUCUCUGAUCCCCCGAAUUAUCAAAGACCUGUACUCUAUCAUGGCUUUCCUCCCUUCCUCCUGAUUAGGGUUCCAAUUAGGCUCCGCUAGUGGCAAUUUGUCUUCACCUGACGGCACUUGGGAUCCUGGACGGUUAUCCUUUUCCCAAAUUCUUAUGCUAGCAGCUCUAAUCAUUCGGAACUCUUCUGGGGAAAAUAAUAUAUUUAGAAUGGAAUUCAUCUCUCCCCAAGUGUAGAUAUUUGGACCUAAGAACUGAUCCACUUGGUUGGCAAUGCCUACAGGAUCUUCAACUAAAUUCCCUAACUCCUUCUUGAAUCCUCUCACCUCAGAAGCAGUUAGAGGAGCAUUCACAAAACCAACACCUCCCGCUACUCCUCCCAUAGGAACUUCUCUAAGGGGAAAAAGUCUCUCUACUUUGGAGGUCCUGGAUCGUGUACUG